AGUCACAUGGUUGAAGAAAACGAUUUUUCCCAGUGUGCAUUGCGCAGAGAGCUGCUUUCCAAAGAUGGCGCUGCACGGUAGUCCAGUAAGACGAGUUCUCUGUGAUCACCUGUAAAACUAUGACCACAUCUAAACGCUAUAUUAUAAAACAGAAGACAUUCCAGUAAUAUCGUAGUAGCCUGUCUUGGCAUUAGUGAAGCAGAAUGCCCUCUCCUAAAGCGCGGAGCAGCGCGGCUCGCAGCGGCAGUGUUCCGUGUACCGGUGGAAACGGGCGUUAUGAGUUCAUUUCUCUGAGCCGAACUCCCCCGCCGCACCUGCUGCAGAGGCAGGGCUCUGAUCCCACAACGGCCCGGCUCCGAGCCUCCGAGAGCCCCAACCGACGACGCGGCUCGGGUUCGUCCACGUCUUCCACCGGCGGGCAGCAGUUACCGGACGAAGACUGUAUGAAAUUGAACCCGUCUAUCAUCGGGAUAGCGCUCAGCUCUCUGCUGGCCAUUGACCUGUGGCUGUCGAAGCGGCUCGGGGUGUGCGCCUGUGAGGACUCGUCCUGGGGCAGCGUGCGACCCCUUAUGAAGCUCGUCGAGAUCUCCGGACACGGGAUCCCGUGGCUAGCCGGUGCCGCGUACUGCCUGUACAAAAGCGACAGUGCCGCCGGUCAGGAGGUCAUGCUGAACCUGCUCAUGGCCUUGGUUCUGGACCUGGUCCUGGUUGGCGUGUUGAAGGCUGUAGUGCGGCGGCGACGUCCUGCCCAUAACCGUAUGGACAUGUUUGCCACAUUUUCUGUGGACGGCUAUUCCUUCCCAUCAGGCCACGCCACCCGCGCUGCCAUGUGUGCCCGCUUUCUAUUGGCCCAUCUGGUGUUGGCGGCCCCGCUCCGCGUUCUUGUCCUGCUCUGGGCCACUUUUGUUGGUUUUUCUAGAGUUCUUCUCGGGCGCCAUCAUGUGACGGAUGUCGUGUUUGGUUUCUUCAUGGGCUACUGGCAAUAUAAUUUGGUUGAGAUGCUCUGGUUGUCUCCAAUCGUGUUGCAAAGCACGAUUGGACAGCUUCACUGAGAAGCUAAGACUGAGGUUGCCGUUAUUUGGAGGAUCCUAACACAUUCGGUUGCUGCCGGUAUGCUGGUAAUAAUUCCAUAAUGUAUGUCAAGUUGCUUUGUGUGAGUUUAUGAUGUUUUCUCUCUAACUUGAAUGUAAAAUUUCACAGAUCUUCUGCCAGUAAUAUCAAAGGUUUUAGGUUCACAUUAGAUCACAUGAACAGAUAAAUGAGUUUGAUCUGAGUGCUAGGAAAAAGUGAAAGCAGACUUCACUUAUUUUCCAUCACUUGAAAUAAUUUUCUUCUGUCAGUACUGUAAGACGUCAGAUUACACCAGUCUUAAAGGGAUAGUUCACACAAAAAAGAAAAAUCAUUACUCGCCCUCAACCCGUAAGACCUUUGUUCAUCUUUAGAACACAAAUUAAGAUAUUUUUGAUGAAAUCUGAGAGCUUUCUGACCCUGCACAGACAGCAACGCAAUGAUAGAAUAUUACUUUUACUAUCCCUUUAAUGAAUCUGCUGCCAUCCUGCUUUACUCUUUUAAGGAUUGGUGUUAAUCAAAAAAGGAAGGAUGGGGUGACCUCUGGCUUCUAACAUAAGUGUUCUUGUUUACAGAAGAAAACCUCACCAUUGUGAAACUACAUUUUUAUAGCACCUGAAACACUAAGCACCAUCUUGAAGAUUUUCCUUCCAUUUUAAUUAAAAACAAGCCAGUUCUCUAAUUAAUAUGAAAAGCUCCUAAUGAAUGAAUAUUUAAUUAAGCGAAGGAAGAGGAUUUGAAACAUGAGGGUGAAUUUCAGCGCUGAUUAAUACCUUUAGGGUAUGCGGCGUCCUCAAUAGACCAUCACGGGGGAGUAGUUUUGUUAUCUCUGAAGGAUUCCUCAUUACACUAUUUAUCCUCUGAAAAAGUCUUUUGUGUGUGUUUUGAAGCUUUGUUCUGUGUUUGUGUCUCAAAGGGGUGAAAUUGUUCUUUUUCUGUGCUUUUAUUGUGACCGUGUUAGCCACUGUUCAAUUUUAUUGCACUUUUUGAUGUCUUCUUGAUCUAUGAAGAAGAAAUUUUGCUAUGGUCUUAUUAAAAUUUGCUGGAUUUUAAUUGGGUUAAAGCCACAGCUGUGAUUAUCGAGCCAUAAAUCACUUGAUAUGCUGCAAAUUGUUGCCAUAUAUUGCAGGAGAAUGUGUUAUAAUGACCGUUUGGUACCAUUAAGCAGGUUUAAAUUGCACCAUGAUGGCCAUAAUUGUGAUCAAAGUUCCACUUGGUCUUCACUCAGACUGGACCAAGAAGUACUCUGGUACUGUGUGUCACAUUACCAUAUUUACGUACCAUGGUUUUUACAUGGUGUUUAAAAGAAUAGUUCAGCCAAAAAUUAAAUUUGCUGAAAAUUUACUCACCCUCAGCCAUCCAAGGUGUAGAUGAGUUUGUUUCUUCAUUGGAGAAAUUUAGCAUUACAUCACUUGCUCACUAAAGGAUCCUCUGCAGUAAAUGGGUGCCGUCAGAAUGAGAGUCCAAACAUCUGAUAAAAACAUCACAACAGUUCACAAGUAAUCCACACCACUCAAUUCCAUCAAUUAACAUCUUGCAAAAAGAAAAAUUGCAUGUUUUUAUUUUAAACAUCUAUAUCUUGCAUGGCCUAAUGGUAAGGUUGUUUUUAGCAAAUUUUUAUUUUAGGAUAAACUUUUCCUUUAAAAAUACUUCUAAAAUUCCUUGGUGUUACCAUACACGUGCAAAAAACAUGGUGUUACCAAAGCACUUUUUAAUGGACUUGUUGUUAGUGGAGGAAGAUUUUCAAAUAAUUAUCUUAAUUAUGAGAGUGCAAGAAGGUGGUAUAACUUUCUUAUUUGCCUUUUUUUCCUCAUGGACUUACAAUAAUGAGACUAAAUUGAAAUUUAAUUUGUGUCACUCUACUCUGCUGUUUUCUUCAUGUAUCUUUUCUUGACCAAGAAUACAGUUGAAGUCAAAAAGUUUGCAUACACUUGAUUCUUAAUAUUGUGUUGAUACCUGAAUGAGCCACAGCUGUGUUUUUUUCAUUUAGUGAUAGUUGUUCUUGAGUCCCUUGUUUGUAGAAAAAUCCUUCAGGUCCCAUAAAUUCUUUGGUUUUUCAGCAUUUUUGUGUAUUUGAACCCUUUCCAACAAUGACUGUAUGGUUUUGAGAUCCAUCUUUUCACACAAAGGACAACUGAGGGACUCAUAUGCAACUAUUACAGAAGGUUCAAACACUCACUGAUACAUAAUGAAGAUGUGUACAUUUUUCUUAUUUUGCCUAAAUAUCAUACUUUUUCCAUUUAGUACUAUUCAGAAGCUACUUGCAUGUUCCCCAGAAGACAAAUAAGUUAAAUUUACCCUGAUCUUCAAAUUCAAAAAGUUUUCACCCCCCGGCUCUUAAUGCAUCAUUUUUCCUUCUGAAGCGUCAGUGAGCGUUUGACCCUCCGUUGUCUUCGGUGCGAAAAGAUGGAUCUCAAAAUCAUGCAGUCAUUGUUGAAAAGGGUUCAAAGGUGUAUGUAUACUUUUGACUUCAACUGUACAUGGACCCACUUAACAUUACAUGUUGUUUAAGUAAUAAUAAAAAGUAAUUUAUUUUUUCAUUUUAAUUUCAUUCCAGUUUUUUCUUCAGUCUUAAAUCCGUUUUGAUGUCAAAUCUGUCUUUUCCGUUUUAUUAUUAGCAUGUGUUAUGCCGCUGUCUGUGUGUGUGUGAUUAAAGAAUUUCUCACACUCAGUUCAACCUUUUCAGACAGAACCAACACACACACACACACACACAGCUUUGCUGGAAUAGUUGAAAGGGAUUUUUGAAACACUGUCAAGCUGACUGUCAGCUUUAUCCAGUCAUAGGUCUUCCUCUUUUAAAGUACUGUUGUAUCAAAGAUGUUGUAACAGAUCUACCCCAAAAUACAGAGAUUUUUUUUUUUCUUCUUUUUCUUUCUUUGAUACAAAGUAUUUCUCCUCUGGCAGCACAUGCUCUCAAAAUGACUUGCAGUAAUAAGUUUCUGGUGAAGGCUGUGGGCGUUUUGACUGUUUCAAGAGAGCCAUAUGCACAUUAUCCUUUGCAAUAACUGGGUUAUUUCUUGAAAGUGCAAUCAUUUGAUCAUUUGUGCAAUAUCUCAAUACAGUGACAGAUGGCAUCCAAUAAUGUUGUUUUUAAAUUGCAAUAACUUGGCUGUUUUGGUGUUGGUUUGUUUGCUAGGGACCAUGAGUAUUAUUGUUGUUGUUGUUGUUGUUAUUUCUUUGGGAGAUGGAGAGGGAAGACAUUUUUAAUGGGUGUACAGUCUUUUUAAAUGGCUUCACCAGCUGUUUCAAAAUCUGACAUUUGAUCAUUGUGUAGUCUGCAGUGAAAAGUGGGAAUGUACAUUCACCAAAGUCAAAAUGAUAAGGGAUAUUCAUAAGCUUAAUGUGGUGCCUGCUAUGACUGUUGAUUAUAUUUGUGAUGUAAAAUAUACUCUACAUCCAUCAUACUGUGAUUGUAUUUUCUAAAUAAAUAUGAAGACAUAAAUC